GCACAAUGAAUCUGUUCAGUAUCCUCACCCUUUCUGCCCUCCUCAGCAUGGCCAAUGCAGUAGCCAUCUCCCGGGAUACCAGUCCUGCUACUCCGAAGGAGUUUAGAGUCCUCAACAGAUGUCACAACAUCUGCACCGGACACAACGACUGCCCAGAGAGCUGUCCCUGUGACAUGCACAACAUCUGCGCACCCAAAUCGAAAUAAGAACGGUUACACGCAACUGAACUCAGUCUUUUCAUAGCUCAAAUGACUGCUGUCGAGUCAGCACUCCGCGUCAUACUGAUACUUCAGCUGGAAACACUGGACUGGAUCCAUCGAAAUAUCACCGAUGACCCGGACAAUGGUGUCUGGUUGACGGUUGCUUCUACUUUACUUUAAUUUGUCUUGAACCAGCCUUGAUAGUCUUGGUCGCUUGGACGGGCGGUUUGUACUGGCUUUAGUAUAAAUCAAGUGGUUGGUUCAUUGGGUCUACGUUGUUAUUGAGCUUAGUGAUAAUAG